AUGGACAAGCAAAUAUAUUCUGCGACCUAUAGCAAUGUCCCUGUGUUCGAAUUCGUCACGGGCGAGCAACCAGUGAUGAGACGGAAACUGGACUCCUAUAUAAAUGCUACACAUAUUCUUAAAAUAGCUAAGUUCCCAAAGGCAAAACGAACAAGGAUAUUGGAGAAAGAUGUCCAGACCAGAACGCACGACAAAGUCCAAGGUGGAUACGGUAAAUAUCAGGGGACAUAUGUGCCGUUGGAGAUAGGGGAGGAAAUAGCCAAAAACUUCGGCAUAUACGACGUUUUAAAGCCAAUAUUCGAGUUCACCUACAUUGAAGGCAGGUCACAGACCCCACCACCUGCUCCCAAACAUAGCCAUGCUUCAGCUAGUAAUCUAGCGAGAAAGCAAGCACUCGCUCAGGCGGCCAGUGGAUCUGGGAGCAAAGCCUCACUUUCUGCGGCAACCAGAAACAAUACCUCAAUCAGCAACAAACAGUUGAGCUCAAUAGAUGAAUCAUCCUUGGCAAGGAAAACGAAGAGUAUGUCAGCAAUCCCAGGUGAACCGCCUAGGAAAAGAGGCAGACCGAAGCGAGAAUCUCUGCAGCAUCAACCCAUCCAGCAACCAUUUGUUCCAUCACUCAACAGAACCAAUACUGUGCCGAUAAAGGACUCCACCAAGGGCCCAAGCAUUGGCACAUUCAACAACUCCAGAAACAAUAGUCUAUUAAAAUCUUCUCAAAAUCUACAGAACAUCCAGCAAUUUUCUCGGCAGGAUACUGAUCAAGAUGCCUUACAGUUGAUGGUCAAUAGUCUAAACGUUCAGAAUGAAGACUUGGAAGUUGCAGAAAGAAGCAGUGACGAUGAGCUCGGUCGUCCUCGCAAUCCAUCCCCAGCUCAUCAAGAUGCAUCCUUGGAUGAUGAAGACGAUGAAAAUGACGAGCUCAUGACCGGCCAUGAAUUAUUUGGUAGUCCAAGAAACUCAUUUGAAAAAAUUGUACAAUCACAUAACCAUAAUAGCCAACAUUUGCUGCAAGUCAAUGGAGUAACCUCUUCUUUUAAUUCAUAUCCGGCAUAUACUGGAGGAGGAAGCACGGGAUUAAACCAGUAUCAUCAUCUAACGGGCGUGGGAGGAGGUGUAGUUGGAGGUAUAGGAGGUGGCACACAUACUAACUCUUCCACCAACUCUGUUCCUACCCCCGUUCCUACCCCCUCAAAUCCAAUAUCGUUGGAACAAAAGGAAUCAAAUGUUUACACUGAAUAUUUCACAAACCUUUUAAACUAUUUCUUGGAAGAUAGUAACAAUAAUUCAAAAUUAAGAUCAGAAAAAGUUAGCACUGCUCCACAUGCCCAGAAUGUGAAAUCUGAAGUUGUCCCUACUUCCAUCCCAGUUUACAUUUUGAAACCACCACAACCACUCUCUAAAAUUAAUAUUAGCCAGCCGGUGGAUAAUGAUGGAAAUUCCAUACUUCAUUGGGCCUGCUCCAUGGCAAAUACAAAUAUGAUUGAAUUUUUACUCGCAAUAUUCCAUGAAUACUUGAAUGCUACCAUAAAAAACAUCAAUGGUGAGACACCCUUAAUGUUUCUCACAAGGUUUAGCAAUAGUUUUCAAUUGAAAAAUUUCCCAACGCUAUUAGAUUUAUUAUUCGACUCGAUAUUAUCAAUUGAUAACUCAGGAAGAACAAUUCUACAUCAUAUCGCAAUUUCAGCUACUGCAAAUAGAGAUGGUAGUGGCGGUCAUGGAAAUGGUAGCAUUAGCAGCUUUCAAGGAGAACAUGAAUCCGCUCUGUAUGUCACAUAUAAAAAGAAUAAAGAAAAAUUCGGGAGGUAUUAUAUGGAGACCUUGUUUGCAAAAAUUAUAGAAUUCCAAGACUACAAACAAGACUCAAAUGGUAAGACGAAUAACAAUAGUGGAACUAAUGGAUCUACAGCAAGAGACAACAAGUCAGAAUUGAUAGCGAAGGUGAUCAACCACCAAGAUAUAAAUGGUAACACUGCAUUUCAUAUAGUUGCAUACAAUCUCAACAAAAAGCUAAUCAAAGUGUUCAUCAGUUACCACAAGUAUAUCGAUUUCACUUUAAAGAAUUUAGUUUCAUAUACGGUAGAAGAAUAUUUGGCAUCUCACAAUUACAUUUUGAGACUAGGUAAUAGUGUCGUAAGUCAAGAUAGUGCUACCCGUAUGAACUCAACAAAUGGGUUCGAUGGUACAUCCAACACACCAUCAUUUGAGAAUCAGUUAUUUGUUAGCAAAACUGCAAUGAAUUCACUAAAAUCUAGCUCGAAUACUUUAAAUGAAAAGCUUUUAGAAUUGAACUAUGCGAUAGACAAAGAACUUUCCGAAAAAGAUGAGAAGUUGUUACUCUACUAUAAAAUUUUAAAAUUCGCCAAGAGUGAUAAAUUGCAAUCCCAGAAGAACAUCCUCAAGUUUUUCAAACUUGAGCAUUUGAUUGAUGACCAAGAAUACGAUGAUGAAGUGCACAGAGGGGAAAAGACUGACAAGAUUGAGGACGAAGGAAAGGAGACUAGAGAUGAUAUCAUCCAAGGUGAAAUAAAUCGCUUGGUGAAUGACUUGAGUUAUGAGUACUUGAAAAGAAAAGACGAACUAGAUACAAAGUUGAAGGUUUACAAAAGUAUAGCAAAUAAGGUACAAGGUGAGGAGCUUAAGAAAUUGGAAGCAUUCAAUUUAAAACAAGGGGAUGGCAAAGGAGGGGAAAAUGGUGACGGUGACUUGCAAGAAAGAAAUAAACUAGCUUUAAAUUUACAACUAGAGAUUUUGAAAAGAAAGAGGCUACUCAAUCGUCUAGUCUUGGAGCAGCUGAAGGUGCCGAUUACUAUCAACGACAAGGAAAAUAGGGCUGGUGCUAACACUUCUAGCGCUGUGGAUUCUAGCGGAAAUGAAUCGAUUGUAGCCAAAUACCCCAAAGAUGAUAAACUCAGCAAGUAUUGUAAACUUAUCUCUUUAUGCUGUGGAAUGAACUUUAACGACGUUGAAAAACUAAUUGAUUUAAUUGAGCAGUCACUUUCCAAGACGAACUCCCAGCAACCGCGCAUGAAGCAAAGUAACAGUUCAAUAUCAUGA